GUUAGGCCAACCCAUUUUGACAGCUCAAAAUUUCACACUUGAGAGAGGUAUAGGUCAUAUACCUACUCCUUCGCUUAGAUCUGGGGCCGUUGAUUAAGGAUGGAAAUUCAAAUUCAAAUACAUAGCACCUAAACAUUCGCGACAUCUUGUUGAUUUCGAGGCAUUUUCAUUCUUAUAAGGCUCAUAUUUCUUGCAUUGCAACUUGCAAGUACUAUUAGAAUGAAACGCCAUCAAUGCAAAUUGUUUGUUUGCGAGGAAAUCAUAAUCAACAUACUGAAUCGCUUGCCUUUGAAAUCGCUAGCAAGACUUCAAUGCAUUUCAAAGGAAUGGCGGAAGUACAUUGCUGAAAUUUACCAUUGUCGUCUCCAGUGGCCUCAACCUUAUCUGAUCUGUUUCUUUUGCGUAGAGAAACGUUUGCAAAGUCGUUUCUUCUUCUCGUCGAAGGAGUCAUCACUUGUAAUCGGUACUAGUUUGGAUGAAUCAGUCAGUUUAAUCGGCGAGAGAGUGUAUGUUGUUGCUUCUUCCAGUGGUUUUCUACUAUGCAAUAAGCUUAAAAGCCGGCAGAGGAUUUAUUAUGUUUAUAAUCCAGCCACAAGGCAGCGUUUCGAUGUCCCUAAAACUCGAAUUCUUAUGAAUGAUCCACGUGUUGGAUUUAUGGUGAAGGAGACAAAUGAGUCUGUCUCGUUUACUAUAGUUCGCUAUGGAGUACAUCGUGCUUAUUUUCAUGACCUCUACUCCAGUGUAACAAUCGAAAUUUUCUCUUCAGAGACUAAUAUUUGGACUGCUAAUAAGUUAACUGUUGAUGAACGUCUUCUAUUUUAUCCUUAUAGGGAUGAGACUUCGUCAUCAUCAGCUUGUGUAGUCGAUAGAGUAUUCUGUUGGCUUUGUAAUUAUCCACAACAGGUGACUGUUUAUGAUAGUGUAAAAAAGUGUUUUUGGGCUUUGGGAUUACCUGACUGGACGUGGUUUCUCUAUCCCGGUUAUAGUUGUCUUGGAUUAUCAGGUGGGGAACUCUGUUUUGCAUCGAAUGGUGGUACAGCCAUCUCGUGUUGGCGAAUCAACAAUUUUCCUAGUCGAAACCCAGUAUGGGUUUGGAAGUAUGAUAUAGAUGUUGCUACUGUAGUUCAGAAAUGUCGAGAGGAUUUUGGACUUGGAGGAGGCAAUGCUCCUGGUUUUAAGGUUCGGAACAUGGUUUUUCAUCCUGCUCUUCCGGACAUCUUGUAUUUGCAAAUAAGAAGCAAGGUUAUUUCUUAUGACAUGAAAACGAGUAGUGCAGAACUUGUGCAUGAUUUUGGAGAAGCUUGGCGGAAGACAGUACACUACAAGUUGUUUUCCUAUGAGUGGCCUCAAUGGCCGCAUCUCCAGUAGACUAUAUUGCAUGACUUUAUCUUAGUUACAGAACAUA